AGGUCACAGCAAUUGGCUUAUUUGCACUGGGAACACUUAUGCGCUCUACCCGCUCCUUCUAACCACCGACGUUAAUAUUCAAUCAGUUAUCUCUUUAUUCUUUCGUUUGUUCGUUUGUAUACCUACUUAUACUGCGCAUGACAGAACCUUGGCUUUUCCAGGGCGGACCACCGCUUUCUGAUACCCCUGAAUCCAAUCUAGCGUCUCUUUCACCUCGAACUGCGCUGCUGUCGCCUCCCUAUGAGAACGCGGAGCUAACUAGGCCACGCCGUGUCAGCGGCGCGCCAAAUGACAAAUUUCGUCACGAGAGAGAGCGUGUUCACGCAACUGCGAGUGCUCGCGACCUCUUACGGCUGCUGGUGAACGAAGAGUACGAAUCGAAGCAGACUCGCAAAGUGCUCUAUACUGCAUUAGACAGGUUGGACGCCGAAAGUCGUCGCGCGGAAGAAGCGGAAGUGCAACUUGCCGAAACUUUGGAACGGACGAGGUCUAUCAACGAGGCUCGCGUUUCUGCACAGCAGGAGGCUGCUCGAGCGCAGGAGGAACUGAGGCUCUACAAACUGCAGCUUGAUAAUGCGCAGAGAGAAAUUCUCAGGGCUCAAGAAGUACUUGGAGUCAUUGAGGCACAGAGGGAUGACGCAGAGGCAGCGGCUGCUGACGCGCGCUCAAAGGCUCGAAGAUUGAACGAAGAACGCUUGAUUGAGCUCGCUAGGGAAGAGGGUCGCAGACUCGGGUAUGAAGAGGGUAUUCGUCGCGGUCGUAAUAUGGGUUACAGAGAAGGGCGCGUCACUGGUGUUGACGACGGUCGGUCACAGAUGCGAGAAGCCGCUGCCUCUACCCUCGACAGGCUGCUGGACGCACGGGAAGAAGAAACUUCUGUAGGUUUGCCUGCUCAACCUGCACAAGUUGCACCCACCCCGGAAAGUCGAACCGCACCAGAAGUCCGUCGUAUCUCAUCACACGUCUCAACUUCACUGGAUGCUCGUGGCUCUCGUUCCCGUCGUGAUUCCGAAUCUGAUUCUGCCAGUCGAAGGAGUGUCCCGCGCGCUCCAGACCCCAUAGUCAUGCCUGUUAUGGUUGAACACCCGCAGCCUGUACACCUUAGUUCCAUGACAGCAACCACAACCCCUACUGUUACGAGUCAAUCUUCUUGUUCGCGUCAGCCCCAACCCUGGCCAAUGUCAGAUCGCUCUUCAGCUCGGUCACCCUCAACUAGACCAGUCUCGGUACAAAAUUCUGCUCCAAGUGUCCAGCACUCAGAAUUCCGAGUCCCACCAGACGGCUACAUACCAACCCUGGACAAUGACCACCGAAUCACUCUCCCUCCCCCGCACGAACUUCACCGCAACAUAUCUUCACCUUCACCGUCGCAACCCAUCGCUGGGCCGUCCUCAGAUUCGGUCAGAACGUUCGACUACGCCCCUCGCCGUUCCUCUCCGGAGUCGCAAACGUCGACGAAGGUAUCUAUGUCUCAAUCCUCUAGCAUAUCAGCGCUCGAUAUUAUCGGCCUACCCAACAUGACGCAGCGCGACAAACGUCGGGAGCGCAACGGUCUGAGUGUCAUCCACGAAGAUGCAAGUGUUGCGGCCGACUAUGAAACCGUGACUGGAUCUGACGCAGGACACCAUCACUAUCGCAGCGAAAGACGCAGCGAAAGAGAUAACGACAGCGAAGCUACCAGGCACUCGCGGAGAGACCCGUCAAAACAGAGGCUUGCUGACGAGCUGAGAUGGUCUAACCCAUCCGAGGCUGAGGAAUGGCGUCGACAUGGCGCAGACGAGUUCUCAUGGUCGCUCCCGUCCCCGCCCGGCGAAUGUGACGACGCCCAACCCGCUGUCUCCCAAUUGGAAUGACGAUAAUACACCACUGCCUAGGCAUCACCGCCAUUCACGGACAGUAUCCACUCCAAGUGAAAGAGACUCGAGUAUAUAUGAACACAGAAGAGUUGUCUCAUCGGACAGCUCUGUCCCUGAAAUAACAAUCCAACCCCCGUCCCGUCCCCCCUCUGAC